GCUGGUGAAUUAUUUAGUUCCUUGCCAUUAAUGUGUGAUCUGCAUCAUCAUUUUUUUUUUAAUUUGGGAGGGUUUUGGUGGUUAGCUUACAUUAAACAAAAUCUGCAGUGUUUCCAUAGGAAACUAUUACAAAUACUUAAGAUUAGGUAUUCAGUUUGUACCCUUUUGAUAAAAUUAUGUCAUCAUUCUAGAGUGUUCUUUGUUGUCUAAUAGCUAUUUUAAUGUUGAGCUACUCUAUGUAAUUGAACAUUUCAUUUAUUUUGCUGUAUUUUUAUGCAUAAAUCUUCAAUCCAAAUUUUUUUUCUAUAACUUUGAAAGCCAAUUAAUGAACUAAAAGUGUUCAUCUCCAUUUUAGUCAAGAUUCUUUUCAUGCUAAUUGUUCGAUAUAUUUUUUAGUAUUCGCUGCGAAGCACGUGCCAACUUACCUGGUAUUAAAAACUUGGUGUAUGGUGAAUUGCUGGUAAUUUGGUAUCAGAGGAACAAAUUGGAUUUUGAGAUAUAUGGCUGAACGUUAUAACUUGUUUCUCUAUCCAAAAUUUGGUAAGUCUCCAAAUGUUUAUUAGCAUACUGUAGAAUAGGGGUGGGCAACGGAAAACGGGUAUUUGGGUAUACUCGUACCCGUCCCGUUUUUUAAGAGUUACCGGUACCCAUAUUAUUCGUAAUAUUUUAAACGGAUAGAACUUGGGAUUGUACAGUCCCAAUAUGGGUACCCGCGGGGUACCCACGAAUACCCGUUUGGGUAAUAUGGGUACCCGUUGUACCCAUUCAAAGUACAAAGACAGAUUUAAUUCAGCCCAAUUCAAAACUCAUUUUCGGCCCUUACCCACUGAGACCGUGAGACGCACCCCUAUCAGCUUCUCUGGACGCGUAACAGCUUCUCUGGAUGCGCAGCUUCUCAGUUCUCUGGUCCCUGGAGGAGUCGUCUUCGAGACGAGAGAGAAGAGACGAAAUCUAUCGGCGCCUCCUUCAUUCACCGCCGCCGCCGCCUCUGAGCUCUCCCUCUCAGUCCCUCUCCUCUGCGCAGCCGCCGCCUCCAUUCAACUCAGCGGAGCAGCAGCAGCAGUCUUCCUUCUUCUCACCCGGCGGCGAGCAGCAGCAGCCAGGCUUCCUUCUGCCUGAUCAUUCUUCAGUCUGCAAUUGAUGAGAAGAAGCUGGUAAGUAAGCUAUGUACUUGGUUUUACUUCCUUCUCAGUAUUUGGCACAGAGCCUAUCAGCGUUAGAGCUCGUUGAUUGUAAGAACAUUGAUCGCGAUGGACAUUAAGCCUUACUUCCAAGGUGCCCUAUCAGUUGGUGGCGAAGAAGUUGAUCGAAAUAGUCGUACUUGUUGAAUUUUAUUUGUAUAACCAUCGUUUUCGAGAAGCUGAGUAUUUGAUUAAAAUGUUGGUCGAAGUGGACCUAGUUUCUAAAUUUAGACUGCAAUUAACAUCAUUCAAAGUGAAGAAAUGGGUUGUUGUUGAUAUCGCAGUAGAAUAGUAUUAGGCUGCUUGUUUGAAGAAAUGGGUUGUUGGAAUGGAUGCUUAGUCUUUUCUAGAUACGUUGUCCUUGUUCUUAUCUGCCCUUAAGUGUCCACAACAGAAGCUCAAGUUAGCAUCAUUGAUUGAGUUAAGGAAAACAUACUGAUGAGAAAUAUAUGCUUCGUUUUUGGCAGGUGAGUAUCCCAGGAUCUUGGUACUUCAUAUGCUGGGGACAAGUAGUCAGUGAGGAAAGUGUGGGAGCACCCUAAGUUUUGGCGAUACAGUGGGGAAAAUGGCAGUGGAUUUGCCUUUGGGAUGUAAUUGCCUUUGGGAUGUUUUGAAAUGAAUGCUUGUGCAUACAGAGAUUGAAUUUAUGUUUUUAUCAUAUCGUGUUCUUAUUAUUCCCCGCAAGAGCAUGUUAUUGUUAAGAUAUGUAAUGUGAUGUCAUUUAAACUUUGGGUAUUUUAUGGGUAGUAUGGGUACCCGUUAUCCGUACGGGUACCCGUUAUCCGGCCCGUACGGGUAAUGGGUACCCGUUUUCCAUAUGAAUUUGGGAUAUGGGAUGGACUUUGGUCUCCAAAUGGGACUGGGUACCCGUUUAAAACGGGACGGUAUCCCGUCCCGUCACCCCCCUACUGUAGAAAUCUAUAUGGAAUGAUUUCUAUUAAAUGAAAUAUGUUCCUCUCUUGGUUUGAUACACGUAAGCCAACUCUCUAUGUAGACACGUGCAUAACAGUAAAGGGGAAGUAAUUACAUUUACAUGUAGUUGGUUGAGGAAAUGAAUGCUAGGCCAUGAAGACCUGAAGGUGGGAUGGGAUGGGUGGUGAGAAUUGAGUUAGGGAUGGAGGGAUGAUUGAUGGGUGAGUAUGGUCUUUUAAUACUCCUCCUCAAGUUGGAGCACGAAGAUCACAAGUUCUAGAGGGUACAAGACUCGAAGAGUAUGUAUUUGAAUCGCUCACCAACAAGGCAUUUGGCGAAGAUGUUGAUGACUUGGUUAUUUGUAAGAAUUUUAUGAGGAAUAAUGGUGUGAGAGGUCA